AUGUUUCGUUGUAUUAAGGAAGCAUUUUUAAUUUAUAGCGUUUACAUCUGUGCUCAUUAUACCAAGUAUUCCAGUGCUCACUAUACCAAGUAUUCCAGUGCUCACUAUACCAAGUAUUCCAGUGCUCAUUAUACCAAGUAUUCCAGUGCUCACUAUACCAAGUAUUCCAGUAUUCCAGUGCUCAUUAUUCCAAGUAUUCCAGUGCUCACUAUACCAAGUAUUCCAGUGCUCACUAUACCAAGUAUUCCAGUGCUCACUAUACCAAGUAUUCAAGUGCUCAUUAUACCAAGUAUUCCAGUGCUCACUAUACCAAGUAUUCUAGUGCUCACUAUACCAAGUAUUCCACUGCUCACUAUAUCAAGUAUUCCAGUGCUCACUAUACCAAGUAUUCCAGAGCUCACUAUACCAACGUUUACAUCUGUGCUCAUUAUACCAAGUAUUCCAGUGCUCACUAUACCAAGUAUUCCAGUGCUCAUUAUACCAAGUAUUCCAGUGCUCAUUAUACCAAGUAUUCCAGUGCUCACUAUACCAAGUAUUCCAGUGCUCACUAUACCAAGUAUUCCAGUGCUCAUUAUACCAAGUAUUCCAGUGCUCACUUACCAGUACCAGUAUUCCAGUGCUCACUUAUUCCAAGUAUUCCAGUGCUCACUAUACCAAGUAUUCCAUGCUCACUAUACAAGUAUUCCAGUGCUCACUAUACCAAGUAUUCAGAGCUCAUAUACCAAGUAUUCCAGUGCUCACUAA